AUGUCCCGUAACGUGGAUAAAUUGCCCAUGCCGGCAGAGGUGAAGAAGAUGAAAGUUGUCGUCGCAAGUGCAAGCCGAACAGGUACCCUCGGCCUCUACCACGCCAUGAAAAUUCUAGGAUACAACCCGUACCACAUGUACGAAUGCUGUGUCGUACAAGGAACGCCGCACAUGAAGACGCUCCAAGAUGCCAUCACCGCGCAGCACAACCGUUUCUCUGGGAAGCGGAAAUUUGAGAAGCAGGAUUUCGAUCGUUGGUUGGGGGACUACGAUUGUAUCGUCGAGGUAGCAAGCUUCAUCGGCAGAGAUGCCAUCAAGGCCUACGCGUCCGACCCAGAUGUCAAAUUUAUUCUGACAGAACGAAGCCCAGCAAAAUGGGCAAAGUCGGUAAACAAUACCGCUGGAGUAAUGGUCCAAAUGGCACACUCGCUCCCCAUGGGUAUCCUGAAGCAUUUUGAUGAGUUUUUGAACAUCUUUUUCUCGCUCAAUGUUACGGUUUAUGGUGCUUGGUCGGGUAGUACGCUUCCCGGGGAAGCAGAUAAUGAGCGAUUGCUGAGGGAAUAUUAUGUAGACUAUAUCAAUAUGGUCAAAGAGACCGUCCCUGCCAACCAGAUCUGCGUGAUUCAGCUCGAAGACGGACUCGAUUGGUCCAAAAUAUGUCCGUUCCUGGGAGUUCCUGUUCCCAAUGAGGAGUAUCCGGAUCGAAAUGAGCCGGAGAAGUUCCAAGCUAUGGUUCAGCAAGGGUUGCAGCCGCAUAUUACUGCCGCCUUUUUGAAGAUGGGUGCCUUUGUGGUUCCGGUGCUUGGCGUUGUGGGAUGGAUGGGGAUGAAGUAUGGGCCUUCUGUUUUUAAAGCUGUUUCUUCAGCAUUUGAUUGA